CCCAAAGCGAAACGUCAUUCCGAUUCAGUUUGCUGUUUACUUUCCUCGGAGUGCGAGUGCAAUUUUCGUGACGAUUUCUCAGAACCAGUGCGAAGAAAAUGUGAAACGAUCUGCUAAACUAAUUAGGAUUUGGACCACUCAUCAAACAAACUAGAAAGCGAAAUGCUCCCCCAGUACGAGCGCCUCUUGGAUCCGGAGCUUUCCCCCGGUGGCGGUGGCCAAGACUCGUCUGGUCGGAGCGCAAUUCGAGUUCGCUUCGGCAAAUUGGCUGUGAUUACGGUACUGUUCCCGGUGGUGGGAUUCCUGUUCUGCGUCGUAUGGUCUCUGCUGUACAACUUUGACCAGGCCAACGCCACCCACUGUAUGGUGUACAACUUUCUGCCUUCCCUAUCGGCUGCCAUCGGGAACUACCAGCCGCAGCGUUUCGUGUGGCAAGCCUCGGUUCUGGUCCACGCCCUGCCCCGCUAUGCCAUCGCAUUUCUGUACAAGAACUUCCACAUCGGGCUGCUGCGAAAACGUCGGAAGGAGCUGGCCUAUCUGGCGUGCAUUCUGAACAUCACCGAGCUUAGUUCCCUGGUGGGAUUGACCAUGUGGACGUCGGUGUCCAACUACGACGUGCAUAAAUUCUGCUUCAGCACAUUCGUGGUGACGUCGAUGCUCUACAUGGUGGUACUGAUUGUCAUCAAUAGGGUGACCCGUGAGGGAGAUCUGCUGACUGCGUCGGAGCGCAAGUCAAUUAGGUACAAGAAAAGACUGUUCUUAGCCAAUCUCUGUUCGAUACUGCUGGCGGUUUACUUUUUCGUUAGGCAUAAUUCCUACUGCGAACCAGGAGUAUACUCCCUAUUCGCGCUGAGCGAGUACGUGUUCGUCUACAGUAACAUUGGCUUCCACAUGACGGCCUAUUGGGACUUUAUCAGUGCCAAUCUAUUCUUCGAUUGGAAAAACGGGAUCCACUUUUCGGCAGUCUGAGUCUGCGGAAGAGAAAGAGAGCACUGAGCGCACUUUGCUUAUUUUGCAUCUAGCACGAUACUUAUUCAAUUUUAUAUGGGUGUAUUGAGGAGGAAUAACUAUACAGCACUGACUGCAUGUGAUGACACCAAGACCGGUGGUAUUAUAAAUACGACACUUUUAGAGGCCAGGACCAUGUGCUACCAUUGAGGCGUGUGUUUAGCGGAGAAACACAGGUAAACUGAAACAAUAAGGAUAUUUGUUCGCUGAGAUCGAGCAGUUUUGCGUUGACCUUUAUCGCAUGAAUCUUUACGCUGCGAUUUUUUAGUCUAAAUGAAACAGUUUUUGUUGAGCA